CGGCGCUCCGGUUCACGUUCUUUGCCUCUAGGUGUAGUCUUCACUCAUUUCAAGCACUGUUUAUCCCCCUUUGUAUCCUAUUUCAAGUUUGACUAGUGCGCCUUGUACUUCCAUGGAUUUCCUCUUCAUUCGCAGGAUUUCUUGGGUGUGAUGGGUCUCCAUCACUAGCCAAUGCCUCUCUGCUCUUCACCUUAAAACGUAAUUAUUUUGAGACGCACCAAUUUGAUUGCGGAUUCGUCAAUUAAUUCCUUGGUUUUUAGUAGUCAAUUGUUGGUGAUUCGUGUUAUUUCAUUUUGCUGAUGAUAUCCAAAUGAAGUAGGGCACGAACUACAGCAGCAGAUCUUAACACUUUGUCCCUUCUGAAAGGCCAAGUACUUUGGAAUAUCGAAGAACAAGUUAUACGUCGGAUUUCCUUGUAAUUACUUACGACCUCUAAGUUGUAGAAGAAGAUCAAACAAAUCUUCACAUUACAACAACGAAGUCAAAAGAACAAACAAUUAUAUUGGCGAACAGCUGGUAGAACAACUCGUCCUCGGAAAGAUUGACAGAUUAGAAGGACUCUUCUCGUCUUGUCGUAAGAAGUAAAAUCAUGUUGCCAUUGUCGAGCAGUAGUUUGGGGAGCUAUGCUAACCCGAUGCUCCUGCAGGAUGACCACCUCGAUAUGAGUAGCAAGAAAGGCCCGCCUCUGUACGCAAACAAAACCCAAAACUCUCAAAUGUUGCUUAACGGAGGAGGAGGAGGAGGAAGCAGCAUGAAUUUAUGUCAUGUGUAUCAUUCUAGGCCGCUAAAAACUGAAGGCUGGAGAGGUUGUCACUUCUGAGCAGCAUACUCAUGAGCUACUUUUUUUUUACAUCAACCACGACUACUAGUUGCGCAGUUCUUCUUUAGAAGCAAGUUCAAGGUAAGGGCAGGCUCCUAUAAUGGGGGCGGGUAACUAUGCAUAUCAAUAAGGCUCAUCCUCAGCAAGAAUUAUAGGCAAGUUAGAGCUAUCAUGCUUAGUCGCGGUCGUCUUAGAAGACGACGAAAGCUGAGUUUGUCUUCUUCUUCUUCUGUCCUCUUAUGUGGCCUUCUUCUUUUUCUUUUCUCUAAUGUACCCAACUGCAAGCAUGCAAAACAAGUACAAGAAUACAGCAGCUUUUCGCAAUUCAGUGGAAAACACAAUGGAUCUACAGUUACCGAAGCUCAAGCUUCCUACUAUGACCAAAGUCGGUUUUUUUUCCGAUCAAGGAUGUCCUCCCACUUUGGUACUCUUCAAUUGACUAUAUGCAAAAUUAUUGGAUUACUAGUAGUGCUGCUUCUUCUAUAUGCAACCUGUAGUCACGGUAUUCCUACUACCUCGUGCUAGGAGGUACUACUUAAAUGAAUGAAUUAAUAUCCUAAAAAAAACAGCUGUCUUCUGCUCGUGGGCGGUCGCGGGAGAAGGUGCCCUCUGAGGUGAACCCUGGUGGGCCUAGUCGUCCUUGGUCUGCACGCCGUCAAUACCACAGCGCUCGCGAUCGGAUGCACGAUGCGUAUGCUAGUGUGGAUCUUUUUCAGGAUGAACCAGUACAAGAUUAUCACAACAAGAAGGGCACCAGAAUGGUGCAUCCUCAGAAAUACCAUCCGCACGACUACCAGAAUCAUCAAGGCGAAACAGCUGCACAGGGCAAGGUCUUCUUCGGGCCGCAUCUCCCAGAAUACUUGGAUCGCCAAAAAAUGAUGUCCACUGACAGCCAAAUGAGGAGCAACAACAACUGGAUUACGGCUCUUAUUCAGUGUCGUGAGGCUUUCAAGAGAGAGCCGUGAUUGAAAAAUUCAUUUUUUUUUUAGUUCCUCUAGUAAGGCUUUCUACUACAAAAUCUUAUCGUGAUCCUCGGAACCAUGAUAGAUCAUUCUCGAGCGACGAGCUAACACCCACUGUUAAUUAUAAUGCCCUUCGUUCCCUCUACUAGUGCUAGUCGUUUCCUAGACGAUUCUGCUUGUCCCUCUAACGCGAAUCGCAACAACUUCCACGCGAUGAACAACCACGACGACAUGAUCGACAACAUGAUGAUGAAUGACCACGACAACAUGAUGAUGAACAACCACGACAACAUGAUGAUGAAUGACCACGACAACAUGAUCAUGAACAACCACGACGACAUGAUGAACAAUAGAAGCAUGAUGUACAACAAGAAUCUUUGUAAUGGCAAUCUUCGCAAUGACUUUCCCGCUAAUCACGAGCAGCGCAACAACAUCUUCACGAAUCUGGAUGCUGAGCAUAUGGUGAACAUGAGCCAUGCCAAUCAGCACAACAUCAACACGGCUGUGCCGAAUAAGAGCAACAACAACAGCCAUCCUCUAUGGGAUGCAACGACGCCCGAUGCGGUUGCCCGUCUUCGAUUUGUGACACGUGGCUCGCGUAUCGCGAAUGACACUGUAUCCAUCUGCAACUUCACGAACGAUCCUCGGGACUGGCGUCGUGUCUCUUCGGGCACGUGGGGCAUGCACAUGCACGAUCAGGAGAUGUGUAGGCCGAAUAAUGGCAUGAUCAUGCCAAUGGCAUCGAGUAAUGGCAUGAUGAUGAUGCACAACUACAGUAACAACAAUAUGAUGAUGCAGAGCGGUAACAACAGUAUGAUGAUGCCAUCUUCAAGUACGAAUGGAAUGAUAAUGAUGAUGCCGCAGCAGCACAAUACGAUGAAUUAUGGAGGUCGUGGAGCGGAUCGUGGAGGCAGCUUCAUGCCGAGCAAUCACAUGUUAAGGCUAGAGAAGAAGAUGGUUCGAGGCAAUUUUGCAUCUUUCAAUGCUGCAACAAGCUUCCUUGUAGCAUCAAUCAUCUUCAUUAGAGACGCUACAGCUGUUGACCUUCUAUCUUCUUUAUUAUAGAGAGAUCAUCAAUUGUAGAGUCUUACAUCCUUGGAUCUUCAUUAGAGAGAGAGCUUGCUAAAAAAGCUGAGAAUAGUUGCCAGCUGCUCUAAAAAUGAUGAUGCGCAUGCAUGAAAUGGGAACCGACUACGACAUGGGAAACUACAACAAGCGAGGCAACGACGCCGAGCUGUGUAUAUCGAGGAUGCAAGCUGUUCUUUCUGCUCUAGCUAUCAGCACGAUGCAGGCCUUUCAGCGUGGAAGCUAUCCCUUAGAGGACGGGCGCAUGGUUACUUGUCAACACUUGCAGUCCCCUGUGCCUUUGCACUAUUCCUACGCGAACUCGAUGUCCUCCUCGAGCCAAGGAAACGAUCGGCUCUAUGACAGCAACAGCAGAAAUUAUGGUGUGUAGGCGGAUCAUACAACAGUAGUAGAGUCAUCUUCAUCACUAUCAUAGAAUCCCGUUUGUCUUUGUUUAUUUCAAGGAAAGACGAGUAUCUAUUUGAACUAAAAGAUCUUUUUUCUUGUCAGUUUUCUUUGGUAAGUAUAAAUAUGUUCCUGAUGAAGAUGUUUGUUUUAAAUAUGACGACGAGUGGUCUUGUUUCACAAGAUUCACUUAUAGACGUUGAAGUUCUAUUAAAGUCGUUACUCUGACUGAAUCACUUGACUGACAGAAGUUACUGACUUGACUGAAUCACUUGACCGACGUUCUAAAGUGCUACGAAGGGUUACUCAUCUGGUACGAACAAGAUGGGAAGUCGUACUAUCCUAAAUCGCAGUCAGAAGCUGCAUUUUUCGGACGUCUCUCUCGAUUUCAAUGGUCCCUUCGACAUGAGCAAUGCGAAAUUGUAUCAUGUCAAGCACGAGAAGCAACUUAAGGCUUUCAUCACUAAUGGUCCAUCUUCACUGAGUCAGAGAAGUCUGCCAUCCUAGGAAGGAGAGAGGCUUUUCUUCAAGGGGAAAUGGGCCCUGCUGGGAUGAAUCUCAUCAAGAUGGAUAAGCGCGAGCUCUAAGCAAUGCAUGUCGGAAGAAGAGGACUUCUUGAGCAUGCACUUUGACUUUGCUCAACAUGAUCAUAAUGGUCGUUGCUCUACAUUAUGGAGGGAGAUGAACUAAAGACUUAUAAACCAUUCACACUGCAUCCUUGUGCAAUAAUCUACUACUCCUUCUACUAAUCAACAACAACUAAUCUCUUAUAAGUAAGUCAAUCUUGAGUCGUCCCAGUCCCUAGUACUGUUGAAGUAGUCCUCCUCCUCCUGACAUCAUUAGUUGUAUGUCAGAUACGACCUACUUACUUAUGUAGUAAUAUGAAAUGUACACUACCACUACUACUACCUUCUGACAUCAGUAUUAUGUAAGAUACAAAUACAAGAAAUCGAGUACUUAAUAUGAUGUUCAUAUUCUGCUUGCUAUCCGGGUGCCCAUCACUUGUGGUCGCUUCCGGUGAUGAGGAGGGUCUUGAAGAAAAUGUGCCGACGUAGCGGGACCAGUGGCAACAAGAUGGAGGAGGAUCACGCUUUUCUUCAGUUAAGGCUCAUUCCUAAGCACGGUGGAGGCUUGCUCUUUUUAUUUAGGUAAGUUUGUUAAGGACUUUCCGCUCUUUUUUGGCCAUCUUCACGGGUGGCCUUUCCCGGCCAUCUGGAGCGCCGAAUUUGGAUGUUGAGCGAAAGGGCCGGAUAAUCCUCAGGAGAAUUUUGCUCUUUUUCGGCCAUCCGGAGAGCCAAGUUUUCGAUGCCCGAAAAAGCCAGAAAAUCCUUAGCACGGAAAUUUCCGGUCUUUUUCGGGCAUCCGGAAAGCCAAGUCGUGGAUGCCCGAAAAAGCCAGAAAGUCUUUAGUUCCUAGAAAUUCAUCUCUUUUUGUUGUAGUUUCUUUCCUUCUACUUGGGCAUGGUAAGAGACGUCGACUUCUAUCAUGAGCUGCUCCUCUUCUAAUUCAGAUGAUGUUGAAUAGCAUGCCAGAGGGUGGCGAAAUGCGGAAGUUUGUGGAGCACAUGAGCAUGUGGAAGAAGAGUGAAGAUGUGCUCUCUUCCUCCCCGCGACCUACCUACAACGACGCGUACGGGACUUUUUAUGAUUACAAAGGAGCUUCAACUCCUGGAAAUCCAUCUUCUUCAACUUCUGGGAAUCCAGCCUCUUUCAAGGAAAAGCUGGAGUUGCUGGGUUAACAUUAAGCACUUUCCUUGAAGAUGGAUUUUCUGGAUGAAGUAGGAGACGGAUCUAAUUCAACAACUCUACCUACAACAACUCUACUUCUUACAACAUCAGCAACUCUGUCAACUUCAACAAUCUUGAUAGUAUCGCGCAGGUCGUUGAGAGACAGGUGGACCACGUGGUACGGGAAAAUCGAAGGGAGAUUGAGGAAUACGCGAGCAAUUUGCUACAAGAGCAUGUGGAAGAUAUCGUGCAGCAGCAAGCAGGCCUGCUUCUAUCUCCACGCGGGAUGUUGCUUAAGGCUACAAAAAAUCUCCCAUUUUCAGAAGCAUCUCGGUCCCGUUUAUAAAGGGCAACGAGGGCCCAAGAUGCUGCUGAGGAUGGAUCUCUCGUAGGUCUAAGCUGAAGAAGGAACACGUUGAUACUAGCAUGGGCAUGCGAACACCGAAUCUUCCGGAAAAAAACACAACUAUGGCAAUUAUGGCAAUUCUAUACAUACUAGUUGUAAAUCGCAAAAGUACAAGGAAAAGGAACAAUGCUUUGCAAGAAUACAACAACAAGGAAAAGGAAUACUUCUAUAGAAGGGUCUGCAGGGUCUGCACUAGAGUGGUAGGGGAGUAUAGUAUUCCUUGUGUUUUUCAAUCAUUACAAUCACAAUGGCAAUGGCUACUUGUUCCUUGUCCUUGCUUCCUCAAACAUGUUGAACAACUACAGCACUUCUGCUAGAGUGAUGCACUCUUCCCCUGUUGCACCGCCGACGCAACCGAACAAUCAGCGUGGACCGAAUAGGAGGGGACGCCAUAACUACAGCAACAACGAUAAUAAUUAAGGCUUGGGAGUUGACAUCUCUAUGCGCGUCUCUAUGGCUAUCAAUCUCAAGUAGGAAAGCCAUGAUAGAAAUGCGAGCUAGAGAUGCCAACUUUCAACCUCUAAAAUAAGGUGGAGCAGGAGAGGAGGAGGAGGACACAGGAGAAUUUAAGGGACGGCUCAAUUCCUCCAUCUCCGGCAGACCUUUUCCAAGACGUGCUUGCGCGCACAAAUGCCAACCUAAUGGCAGCUUCGAACCAACAACAACAACAACAACAACAACAACAACAAAAUAUCUUCUGUCCUGAGUGCGAUGACGACUAUAUCAACCACGAUAAUCAUGAUAACAAGAGGCUGCACCACAGCAAUUUGCUUAUGGCCGCAACAACAUUAUAGAUACUCACGCACUUCACCAUCUUGGGGUUUCACAGUAUUGUUUGAGUCUUUGAUUCAUUGUAGUUGGUUCCCUGUAGGUGGCACAGAGUUGAUGUUGUAAGAUACCGUAUGAGACGACACAGAAGGUACAGUUGUAACAGUAUUUGCAGUGAGGAUUUAACUUGAAUUUACUUUUCGCUUCACGACAAUUCUAAUAUUGGAAGCUCCUCUUUUCGACGCACCUGGCAGCAUGGUCCAGACGACUUUCAUCGAUUGUACCAUUACCGCCAACGUGGCACUCGCAUGGAGGUUCCUUCCUUUGAUUUCGACGCCCUCCAGUCCGCACGCAUGAAUAUGAUGAUGCAGCACGAUGCCCUCCAGUCUGCCGCACGCAUGAACAUGCACAAGCAUGCAGAGCAUGAGCAGUAUAUUGAUAACGCAGUCACAGACCAGCACAAAAACUACAGUUUUGUUGAUAUGAGAAGGAAAUCAUUACUCAUGUGGAUGUGAUAAGAUAGCUGUAUUGAUUUAGAUGCUACUACAUCUAUUAUACGGCAUGAUAGUAGAUGAAGUAGUACUCUCGGGCUUUCGUCUAGGACCUAGCAGGCUGGAAGUUUCCAGUAGUAGUACCUCCUCACUCAAAUUGUGGUUCUGACUCGUAUGUUAUACUGACUAUAAUUGUUCUGACCGCGGCAAGGUCUCUUAGUGUCUGAGUCAGUGAUACUCUGAGCGAGGAUAUCACAUGUGAGUAAUGAUUUUUUUUUCAUAUUUGACGCACACGCAUCUUCAAGGUUCUACGACAACCCCUACGACAACUACGUUCAAGACCCGACGGAGCACAUCAAGUUCAAGUACAACACCUACAAGUACAACUCGACGAUGAACAGGGACUUCGGAUCAUGGAUGGAAAAAAACAUGAUGAGAAACAACGUCAACUCAAGUUUGUUUUAUGGUGCUCCGGAUUUGAUGGCUAGUCCGGCGUUACGGGCACUGUACGAGCGAAACUCCAACAAGAGAAGCGUCUUUAUGAAGAAAACGAGACCAUGAAGAUCUGAAAUCUGAAGAUUUAAGCUUCUUCUUAUACCUGCAAGCUUCUUAUAGAAUAUAGAUAGAAGCUCACGUCGCUGUUACCUCAAGUACAGUGCAUCAGUGAUACUAAUACUUGUGUUACUCACAUAAUUGAAAUUGAAGUGAUAAGAACGAAAGAUAGCCUACAAGCAUUGGAUUGACUCCUGCUCCGAUAAUAAGUGGCCCCAAAAGAUAACUCUUUCCUGAGUACAACAUCAAGAUGUUUUUAAGUAACAAGCUUCUUCUUGUUCUUUCCCCGCAUCUGUUCUUCACCCUUUCUUCAUACUAUUGAAGCUUGCUUGUAAGAGCGCCUGCGACGUCCUAAUGGAGCAACAUUACGCUCGGGAAGUAGAUUCUGCCUAUUUUUCCGGUCAAUACCAGCAUCUCGCUCGUUGUUCUGCCGGUUCGCGUGGAUUCCAUCGAAGUGAGCAACAACAAGAUCAUCGCGACCAAAUCUUGUCCAAUGUUCCUUAAGGCUCAAGCUUCAAGGUGGUCACUUCUGAAGAAAGAAGAAGGUGGUCACUCACAUUAAAGGUUCCCUCAUCUUCCUAGGUUAGUCCCUUCAAGCAACAAGCAUGGAGGAGAGAACUCCGUGAGAGAGCCAACAGGGCAAUAAACUAAGGGGAAUAAGAUCAUGGGGGGCUGUUUAGUUUCGGGUCUCUCUCGUCGUUGUCCUCCUUCAGCAUGGAAUGAUCAGUGACCAAUCAAUGACCAGCUCGACCUUUAAGUUCUUUUUCAAGUCCGUAAGGAGAUCCUUCGUGACGAGGGGGAAGCCAUGGAUGUGCGCAAGCUCUGUGCUGGAAAACCGAAGCGCACGGUAAUCGUUCGUAUUCAUGCCUUUGCAGACUUCUCCAAAAUGCCUCCAGGAGAAAACACGAAUCACUCUCAGCAGCAGGGACACAACUUUGACAACCACAUGAGGAUGAAAAACAGCACGAACAUGAAAAGUGUCAAUAUUAGCAAGAACAACGAUAACAGCUGCAUGGGGAUGAAUAACAAUCAUGAUUUUCACAGCUUGGAGCGCGAAUUGUAUCACAGCUGGGAUAUGGACUACCACAGGUACGAGACCGAAAAUUUUCGGUCUGGACGUUUUUUCAAUGCUACGACGUUGUUGCACAACGUUUUUGGCGAGCAAGCUUUGCUACAUGUCUAUCGUCGCGAAGUGGAGGCCAUGUCUAUGCGCAUCAAGAAGAUGCACCAUACUAUGGUGAUGAUGAACAGCAACAACAUGAAUAUGGAGGUCCUGUAUAACAAGGGGGAUCGAGGAUUAGCACAUGCUCAACAUUCUGCUCCGCAACACAUGGGUCAUGGUCAACAACAAAAAAUGGGUCAUGACUCCUUCAACAUGAUGAACAACAGCAUGAUGAUGAACAACAGCAUGAUGAUGAACAACAGCAUGAUGACGAACAACAGCAUGAUGAUGAACAACAAGAUGCGAGAGAUGGCUCAACAGAUUUCCGAAAAAUUAGAUCUAGUCAUGUCCAUGUCUGCGACGGAAGACGAAAAAAUGAACAAAUUCUACAGCGACAGUGGCAAUAACUACAAUCUAUGGGGGGCCUGGCACUGAUUGAGGACGAAGGCAAGAAGGGAAAGUUGUCCCAAAGGAGGAACCACAUCAGGGAACCACGACAUUCCCUUCUAAGUAAGCACUCUCAAUCAGUGACAGUGGGGUGAUUCAUACAACGAUUUUCACUGCCUACGGGAGUACCUGCAGACCCAGAAUUUUCGAAUGUGGGAUAACUUCAAUGCCUACUUCGAACACAUUUCUUCUCCCAGUUACAAUAAGGGCAAUGUUACUAGUGUUGAACCGAACCACGCUUAUUGGAAUCCGUUGAGUUCGCAGCAUGGUCGCCACGACAGUGGACGUGCAAAACUUUUCUCGGCUCGCACAGACAGCUUGGCACUGCGCACGUCGUUCAUGCUGGCAAAGCUUAUGAACUCUCAGGAUGGAUUACUCAUCUUCUGAGCAGCGUAGAGGCAGUAACCUUAUUCUCCCUCCACUCAAUAUAUGAACCACCCUAGCUCUAGCACAGUAGAUUCACUCUCGUACUUCUCGGCUCUUCUCGCACGCUUGCCAGUCACUAUACUCACAGCAGCGUAGUCGCCUUAUUCUCCCUUCAUCGUAGUGACCUUAUUUUCCCUUCAUCAUCUUUACAGCAGCUUCAGCUUCUGAUGUGGCCCAUUGGUUGUAGAAGUUUCCUUCUUGCAUAUCAAUUCUGUUGAGCACAAUCAAUUCCACUAUCAAGAAGGUAGUCCUCAUCUUCGAAGCAAUACCAUUAUCAAGAAGGUAGUCCUCACUCUUCGAAGCAAUAUCAUCAAGAAGGUACUAGUCGAAGAUGGAAAGAUACUGUAAAAUAUCAUCAAGAAGGAGGUGCUUAGGCGAAAACGGGAAGGUAUGGUAAUAUCAUCAAGAAGGUACUGGUCGAAGAUGGGAAGAUAGUGUAAAAUAUCAUCAAGAAGGUACUGGUCGAAGAUGGAAAGAUAUUGUAAAAUAGCAUCAAGAAGAAGAAGGUACUUACACUUAGUCGAAGGUUGGAAGAUAUUGUAACCUCCUGCUCUAAAAAGCAGCGUGCCGACUUUCGCGGCUUGACCGAUCGCCUGGCUGAAAACCCGCUGGACCUGAUCUGCAUGCGCGAUGUAGCACUGAUUCGUGGUCCUCUCGCAUUCGGAGCCCCCUUUCUGCCAGCUGCAAUCCCGUUCGAUUUGGUCAAUUGCCACGUCAUGCGACGACCACAGGUACUUCUUCACAGUAUAAUUUAGAGACUGGCUUAUUUUAACCACAAAACGACCCCAGGUAUGUCAGUACUAUAAUAUAGACUCCUACUUAUUUGAUGCCUCAUCUUUGAUAUUGAUACAUACAGACUGCGGCAUUCAAGUCUGAGACUGGGUUGAAAUGGGUGUUUGAUGAUCAUAUCGUGGGGUAAGAAAGGAUAUUGUUGUAUUAAGUGAACCAAUUUGAGAAGAUUUUCUGGUGCUUUUGGGUAGCUGCAACGAUGGCCAAUAGCAUCAGGAGUAGGUGUUAGUGUCGUGCUGCACGAUAGUCUAGUGGGGUUUAAGUCACGAUAUCACAAUAGUCUCGUGUGGGUUAAGGCAAUGUCACCAUAGUCUAGUGCGGGUUAAGGCAAUAUCAGGAUAGAGUAGUGUGGUGUCAUCAAGUCGAAGUACCAUAAGACUAUUCUGUCGUGUAACCAAUCGCCAUAAGGGUGUAGUGCUGCUACAGCAGUGAGAUUGCGAUAGUACGUUAGAUCGCACAAACAACUACGAACAAGCUUCAGGAGAAAUCCCUCUUUGAUGAUAUCGAUGAAACUUGAUGUAGAUUCUUGGGCUUAGAAUGCAACUUUUUCUACAAAUUUCGAUAGUUUAAAGCUUUACGAUUGAUUUGAUAGUAGUUUAGACAUGAAAGUUGGACUUUCUGAAGUUCCAUGAAGCUUGAAUCUCAAAAUUUUCAGUUUUGUUCACUUUUUUCUAGAAAAACUUGAGAAUUUGAAGCUUUGUGACUGUUUUGAUAGUAGUUUAGACCGAAAAAGUGGACUUUCUGAAGCUUCAAUCUCUAAAUUUUCAGUUAUAUCUACUUUUUUUCAAUUUCAUUUCCUGACGAAGAGAAAACUUCACAAGUAGGAAUCCAAAUUUGAGCUACGAAUCCCUAAAUUUUCAGUUAUAUGUACUUUUUGUCAAAUUCAUUUCCUGAGGAACAGGAAAUCUCAGCAAGAAUCAAGUAACAAGCUCAGACACAUCGACUCCAUCUCCACACCAAGAGCUCUAUCCUAGUACAAGGGUUUCACGCCCAAUAGUCCCUGAAACGUACUGGUAUUCUCAUCUGCCCAAUAACAAGAUUGUAGUCGUUCUAGUGCAUGUAGUCGUUCUAGUGCAUGUAGUCGUUCUAGUGCAUGUAGUCGUUCAAAAAGUACAAGACUGACCCCGCCUCCACGAUGGAGAUACCUACAUCAACCUGCUUGAUGUAAGCCGAGCAACUGAACACUCCCAACGAUUGCUCACCCCGCACCAAUGGCUCACCCCACAAUUAUGAUGGCUCACCCCACAACUACAGGUGUGCGAAGAUGAGUCGAAUGGUACGACUCGUUUUAACUCCAAGCGUGACCGUGAGCAUUUUCGUCGCCUAUUUGAGCACAUCUUCGACGUCUGCUGCAAUGAACAUCAGUUAAGGAAGAUAGCGUCCAUAGAAGGGAGUUGUACUGCUUAAGCAUAAUACAGUUUAAUUGUAUACCCUUGAUAUCAUCCUGAUCAUUCGUAUAUAAUAGUGCACGGCCCCCCCCCCUGUGGAUGGCCCUGCGGUGGCGCCUGCGCGCACUUUUCCGCGCUGCUUUUCGCGGAUUUUUGGGGUGGAAGGCGUCAAAACGGGGAGCGGGCGGCCCCUUGCGUCUCUCUGCAGGUCUCCGGCCCCUCCCGACUCCCGCAGGCCGGAGGCCUCCGGGGGAGAAGGCGGCCACGGUCUCGAGGCCUGGCUCCUUUUGCUGGCAAGAGCCAGCGGGCCGAUGACCACGGGCCCGGAGGGUACAGGCCACACGGCUCAGAGGGUCUAGCCUUGCGCCUUUUGCCGCAUUCGGAGGCAUUCCGCACCCGGCACCCUGCUGCUGCCGCGAGGGGCCAGCACAUAGGACGCCUCCAAAAGCGGCCCGGGGAUCCACGCCCCCCCCGCGCCGGGAAUUCGAUUUUCUUCGUCGAUCAUUCGAUUUUCUUCUGUCGUGAUAAUUGAUGGGAAUUCGAUUUUCUUCGUCGUUCACAAUGUCCCAAGGGUCGAGUUGGUUUCCUUUACUUUCCUCGUCGCGCUCGUGGUCUACUUCUUCGCUAAAAUUACUUAACCGUAAUAAGGAUCUUUUUCAUCUCUUGUAAGAUAAGACUUUUGACUCUCUAAGGUUAACAAGAUUGUAUGCUGUUUAAGGACAGCGGAAGGAAUAGUUGUAAAAAACCAACAGACAGGUGCUGUUCUUGGAUGAUGAAAUAUGUUUCUAUUCUUAGGUGAAGCUUAAUAUGGUACAGUUGAAGCUUUCUUGAAAUAUUUACUUACAUAUACUUUUAUCUCGAUCUUCUGUUCAACAACUUCUAAAAAACGCUGAACGCAUUAUUGUGGAGCGCGCUCCGGGAUGCGGCAUGUGGCCUAUGGAUGACGUGAUCGAGAUGCUGGGCGAAUUCAACCUAGACCGUUCGAUUGAACUCACGAUGAUUAAGGUAACAACUUAUAUAUAUUAUAGAUUGCUACUCUUUGUAUCAUCUAGAGUUCCUUCUGGGAGCUCUUUGCUCUGGGAGUAGAGGUGAGGGAUUUUUUCUAAAGACCCUAAAGACCUAUCUGUAGUUUCUUGCAUAUCUAUGACUUUUUCAAUAGGUGGAAAAGUCACAUCGAUAUGCGAGCUCUCUAGUACUAGCACUUCAAUCUAUGACUUUUUCAAGGCCUCAUCUUCACAUGAGAAGAAGGGAAAAAGCCAUAGAAGAUGUGUGAGCUAGAUAAGUCAAUUAUGAUGUGACCCCCCUAAGAUGGCAUCGGAAUGCUGGAAUGAAUUCGAGGGUCAAAGAAUCACCCACUGGGUCGAACAGGCAAGACGAUGA